AUGGCUGAGAAGUCAGAGUGCAGUGCUAUUAAGAAAGUGACCUACAAUAACUCCGAGGAACAGAGUUUGCAAGGAGGGAGAAGGCGUUCCUGUCUCCAUGGUAACCUCACUGCCUUCUCUUGUAUCUUUCUCCGUAUUCUGCUACUGGUGUUUGCUGCCAAGGGUGUCUGCUCCUCACUGGCCAGUGUGUUAGCCUCAAUGCUGAGCACUCAAGAAAUGAUACCUUAUCAUUGUGAAGCAGCAGCUAUUGCCAGGAAUAGUAAAUCAUAUCUCAUGCUUUAUAAGAACUGGUAUUAUGGAUUUUCCAAAGAACGUGUUUUUAAUAGAAGGCACAAGUCGUCGCCCAUACCAUAUACAGGCAAAGGUCUUGAGGACAACAUAUUACCCUGCAAGAACAUUCCAGUGGACUUCUCAGAUGCAUCCUGGUUUCCAGAGGCAGCUGUGAAGCAGCAGCAGAAGCUUCAGUGGGUUUCUGAUUAUAGUUUGUUGGUCUCUAAAUCACUCUUCUGCAGUGUGCUCUCUGACUCAAUAGCUAUAGUGGUGGGAUCAGAGAUCCCCUGUAGUGUAUAUCCACUAUCAAUAAACAAUCAACAAAGACAGAUGAGGAGAGAGAAUGAGACAGAGACAGAGAGGGCCAAGCUGAAGUCCUUCUCAGCCAAGAUUGUGCAGCUGUUAAAGGAGUAGACAGAGGCCUUCUUCUGUGACUUCCAGGAUGAGAAGGCCAUGGUUGAACCGAAGACCAUUACCCACCGGGUCACACAGUGUGACGAGGAGAAUGGCACAGUGAAGAAGGCUAUUUCCCAAAUGACACAGAGCCUGCUGCUGUAGCUGGCUGCCCAGAGCCAGCUUCAGGAGCUGUGGGAAAAGCUUCACUCACCAGCCAUGGACAAAGGGUCUUUCCUCAAGGCUAAGCCGCCAGCCACUCAGAAGGACAUCCUGGGUGUGUGCUUUGACCCCCUGGUGCUGGCCCAGCAGCUGACUCAUAUUGAGCUGGAGAGGAUCAAUAGCAUUCACCCUGAGGAUCUGAUGCAGAUCGUCAGCCACAUGAACUCUCGGGACAAGCACCGGUGCCAAGGGGACCUGACCAAGACCUAUAGCCUGGAGGCGUGUGAAUGGUUCAACUGCCUUAGCAUGCUAGUGGCCACUGAGGUGUGCCAGGUGGUGAGGAAGAAGCACUGGACCCACAUGCUAGAGUUCUUUCUUGCUGUGGCCCAGAAGCACUUUAAUAUCGGGAAUUUCAACUCCAUGAUGGCCAUCAUCUCUGGCAUGAACCUCAGUCCUGUGGCAAAGCUUAAGAAAACAUGGUCCAAAGUCAAGAUGGCCAAGUUUGACAUCUUGGAGCACCACAUGGACCCAUCCAGCAACUUCUGCAACUACUGCACGGCCCUGCAGGGGGCCACACAAAGGCCCCAGAUGGCCAAAAACAGCAGAGAGAAGAUUGUUAUCCCUGUAUUCAACCUUUUCGUUAAGGACAUUUACUUCCUGCACAAAAUCCAUACCAAUCACUUGCCCAAUGGGCAUGUUAACUUCAAGGAAUUUAGGGAAAUCUCCAGACAAAUCCAUGAGUUCAUGACAUGGACUCAGGUAGAUUGUCCCUUCGAGAAGGACAAGAAGGUUCAGAACUACCUGCUCACGGCACCCAUCUGGAGCGAGGAAGCUCUCUUCAUCAUCUCCUUUGAAAGUGAAGGUCCUGAAAACCACAUCAAGAAGGAUAGCUGGAAGACUCUUAGGAUGACUCUCCUUAACAGAGCCUGA